CAUAAAGUAUCGUUCAGAAUAGAAAGAACAAGUAUUAUUUAGUAAGACCCACAUAGUUUACUGAUCAUCGAGGAAACUUAGCCGAAUAGUUUUUUUUUGGUGGGAAACUAAUAAAUGUCCCAAGUAAAACGACGAUACGACAUCUUGAACCAGUAUAGUACGGCGGGUCGUUUUGGAGCAAGAAUGGCGGGGAAAAACGACACCCAGUAAGCGCCCACCCAGGCCUCAUCCAUCACUGCUUAAUCCCUCUCUCUCUCUCUCUCUCUCUCUCUAGCUCUCUCUCUCCCCUCCCUCUGCGUGUUCGUUGAUUCAGAAAAUUUCGAGCUUUCUUUCAUCUGCUUUGGGAGGUUAGGGAUUGGGAAUCAAAUGUCGCUGAUGCAAUGACUCGAAUCAGUAAGUCCUGAUUCACCCUCUUCCCUGGAUCGAUUCUUUGUGGUUAUGCACUACUGCGCAACUGUCCCUCUCCCUCUCUUUUACCUGCGUUUCUCUCUCCCCCAUUCUCGUUUUUUAGGUUUUAUUUACGUGUUUGGGUUUAUGACUGCAACUAAUUUUCUCUCUUGGAAAUGCCCCACUCUUGCGAGGCAAUGGUGAAUGAGCUUAUAGACAUUCUUGGUUUCACUUAUCUGGGUUUGGACUUUAGGGUGUUUCAGUUGAUGGGUUUUGAUUGGAUUGGGGCAUCUUCUUACUCUGAGAUAUCCAAUGAGUUGGUGUGAGAUUAGCUGUUCUCUAGCUGCACUGGGUGUUGUUUGUCCUUUUGGUUGAUUUGUAGCUUGUGGGAUUCUUUUGUCCUCACUGGAAAUCCUUUGUUGAUGAUGAUCUCUUGUAUCCGGUCAAGUUUUUGACUGGGACUACUGGAUUGCUAGGUUUAGUUUGAUUUUGCUUUGAAUGCUAGCUCCCCCCAGCCUGUUUGUGGUUGCUUGGUCGUUUGCUUAGUCUGGGACACUUUCAGGAAUGGUUGUAUUCCUUCUGGCUCUAGGAUUUGACUGAUAAGCUCUUAGUAGGAUGGUGGAGUUCGUGAGGCUGAACCCACAUGUCUAAGUUUAAUGCUCUAUUGGUUGGUUUCAAGAAGUGAUCUUCACGCGUUGAGCCACUGGUGCCAGUUGAGCCUUGCAACUUUUUUCUCAGGGCUAAGGGAUGCAGCACGAAUCUGCAUUGCUCGUAUGGGUUUCACUUGAGUUUCUCCUGCUUUCUAUGUCUCGUUGAAACUAUAAUGCAUCAUAUUGCACACCAUGUGGCGUUGGGAAGUUGGGUGCUCCAGUCAUAUGCUGCUGAAAGUAAACAAGAUUUUGGGCUUUUCCUGCUAUUGUUGAGCAAUCAGAUAGAUCUACUAGUUACGAUUUUCUUCUUGCAUCGUCUUAUGCAUGCUGAUGAGCUCAUAUAUGAAGUCUGGACUAUUUUUCAUCAGUCUUUGUUUGGUAUCUUUGUUCUCAUUAAGUAGUAGUUAUCACUAUUUAGUGACAUUGAAGUGUAAUGUGGCUCACUUCUCUCUGCUUUGUUCGAUUUCCUAGCUUGGUUCUCCUUUCUAAAAGCAAAAUGAUUCUUUUUGCAGGAAGGGUCCAGUAUUCUGAAUUCAGCUCUUAGAACCGGUUUCCAUUUUGAUGCUCAUUCUACUACGUGGAUAGUGCUAACAUUUGGAUAGAAGAUGGAUGAUGGUCAAAAUGGUAGGUACAUGGACUAUUACAAGGCUGCACAUCCUGCGCAGUAUCAGGGGAAGGAACAGACAAAUGCCCUAGUAAUGAACAAGAAGAUCAUGGCAAUCCUUGCCGAGAAGGAUGCUGCCAUUCAAGAACGAAAUCUAGCUGUUGCUGAGAAAAGGGAAGCCAUAAAAGCCCGAGAUGAAGCAAUCCAGCAGCGGGAGAAAGCCCUAGCAGAGAGAGACAAAGCCCUGAUGGAGCGAGACAAUGCCUUGGCAGCAAUUCAAUAUAGAGACAAUGCGAUGAAUUUCUCGUUUGGACGUGGAUCCAAGCGGACUUUGCAGCAGAAUUGGAGCUACUGCUUGAUAGAGAAGAGUCGUUUCUUCACCUUGAUUAUGUUUCUUCUGCGUUCCCCUUUCUUCAGCUUCUUGCUUGCAUUCUGGUUUUAUAGUCCUUACAAAAAUGGGAUCGUGAUAAUAUGCAGAGUUCAACGCGAGUUUUGCUCGUUUCCUUGUCAGUCAGCUUAUCUAGUCGGCUAGUUUUAACACCUGAGAGUAGCAUGCAGUUGCUUUCUCAAUACCUGUAAUUCAAAAUUCUCGAUUUCUUGUUGAUCAAUCCAAACGAAAAUUAGCAACAAAGAAAAAAGAGGCGUACCAGAAUAACGCGAAAAAAGAAUACAAAAUGAACAAACCG